AUGGGACUGGGACUUCAACAAUCUGAAGCAAAGGCUAGAUCCGAGUAUGUCAUGACUUUGAUUGAUUGUUACGCUGAGGAACAUAGUAAAAACAUCGAACUUAGAACGACCUCGACCCAUUUUGGUGGUCAUCUAAUCAUUAAGGAGCGACCAUUUCUGCCUCCAUUGUCAACUCAAACCUUGCCCUCGAAAAUUAUUUUGGAUAAAAAAUGUGGAGGAAGUUAUCAUCAUCUGACGUCGCAACGGGGAGACAAAUUAGCCAGGGGAAUAGCAAAACUAUUGUUUGAAGACGCCGCGUUAUGCGGAUGCAGCGAUCAGGUCAAGUGUUUAUCUUACUCAGAAGUGAUGUCCGUGUUUGAGGCCGGGGCAUGGGUGGCAUUUGAACGAUUACAUCACGGAUUUUGUUCAGAUUUUCAACAGAGUCCGGUUCUUGAAGACGGUGGACAGAAAGUAGACAAACUUUCCCCUAGACGAUGGUGGAAACCUUAUAGUUGGCAGUGGCCCAAUAGAGCGGCUGUGUAUGGUAAACAGAGCGACCGAAAAAAUGAAAAGCCAACCAUAAUGCCAAAACGAAUGCAAGUAAAGUACAUAAAGAAACAUUGA